CACCAGCAUUCUCCACUUGGCUCUGUAGCUGUGAGGAAUGGCUAUGGAAGAUCCUGACAAGAAGACUGAAGUAGUACUGCUGGCCUGUGGGUCCUUCAAUCCCAUCACCAACAUGCAUCUAAGGCUAUUUGAGCUGGCUAAAGACUACUUUCAUGAAACAGGAAAAUACAAAGUAAUCAAAGGAAUAAUUUCACCAGUAGGUGAUGCAUAUAAGAAGAAAGGUCUGAUCAGUGCGAAUCACCGAGUAACUAUGGCAAAACUAGCUACAAAAAACUCAGAUUGGGUGGAAGUUGAUGAUUGGGAAAGCAGCCAGAGUGAGUGGUUGGAAACACUAAAAGUUUUAAGGUACCAUCAUCAAAAGUUUUUAUCUCCUGAUCCCACUAAUAGUCUGCAGAAUGCUCUACCUUUAACAAAGCCAGGACGGAAGAGGAAACAGGAACCAAAUAGGCAUGACCCCGUUAAAAAGAAAAAUCGGUGUCCAGAUAUAAAAAGUGUGCCACAGGUUAAACUGCUUUGUGGAAGUGACAUGCUGGAAUCUUUUGGGAUCCCCAAUCUGUGGAAGUUGGAGGACAUCGCUGAAAUUGUCAAAAAUCAUGGCCUUGUAUGCAUCAGUAGGGCUGGAAACAGCGUUCAGAAAUUCAUCUAUGAAUCUGAUAUUUUGUGGAGACAUAAGAAUAACAUUCACCUUGUGGAAGAAUGGAUCACAAACGACAUUUCCUCCACCAAGAUUAGGAGAGCACUGCGGAGGGGCCAGAGCAUUCGUUACCUAGUGCCUGAUGUAGUUCAAGCAUACAUAGAAAAAAAUAAUCUGUAUAGUCCAGAGAGUGAAGAGAGGAAUGCUGGGGUUGUCUUGGCUCCCUUACAGAAACAUGCAAGUGAUUCCAAGAACUAACACGCACUAUACAACUAACUUACUUUCUGCUGUGAAAAAAGCUACAGUUCAGUACAGGAAAAUGUGUUUUUUAGGGGUUGGGUUUUUGUUUGGUUUUUUUUAAGUAAAUAGUGGGCUAAUUCUGUGGCUUUAGUACCUAUGUAGUUGCUGGUGAGGUUUGGUGCACUCAAUAAUUGGACCUACACAAUCUUUUUAAAAUCCAAUAAUAAGAUUUUCACGUUUAAACAUUUUGUCACAGUGCCGUGAACUAAGUGUAUGAAUUCACACUUGCAUAUAAGAAUAACAACAAACAAAACAAAUGAAAAUGUUCUGAUUAGUUUUAACUCGGACUGCUCUGAGUGCUAUUUAUAAAAUACUAACACAAAUAUUUUUAAUAACCUAUGGUGUCUUAACAGACGAAGCCAUUUAAUUUCAAAAUGUACCACUUACUGAUAGUAAAUCUAUAUAACUCAUUUUUUUAAAAAUUGCUAACAUGGUGCACCUCAAAGAAAUUAUUUAGCUCUAUCCUGGAAGGGAAAAAUUUACUCCUGGCUGAAGUGGUGCUAGAUAUACCAUGCUUUGAGCUGCCUGCCUUUCAACAUGCAGCCUGUUUGUCUGCCGUCAUGCAAUUUGCUCCCAGAAAUGCCUUGUGCUUUACUUUUCCAUUCAUGUUUCCAGAGCUGUAUGUUAAGCGCAGCACUGUUUCUCAUGGAAGGACAGACCUACUUCAGAAACUGGUUUAUAGCCAUUGAUUUAAUGGAUAGAAAUUAAUAAUAGUGUCAUUGCACUGAUUCUCAGACAGUUGUCCCUUUAUUUCAAAUAAUAAAUAAGCUUUUACUUUUGAGCCAAAUGUAUAUAGCCAGAAUUGUUUUCUGUAACUGGAGUUGAGAAGAAAUGGUAGGAUAUUAAGACUGUACAUAAGUGAAAUAUUUUUCUUUGCUAGAAAUCUGGUUUUGAAUCUAACAGUAUGUUGUCUGUAUUAUGUGAAUAUAAACUAGAGAGGCACUGUGAAUGUUAUGGUGAUAGAAUUCUACCUCCCUCUAGUUGCCGUCAUCCCAUUUUUGUUUCCAUUAUGUGCCUUAUUAAAAAUGUCAAGGUUUCCAAGAUGCUA